AUGAGCUACACCAAUAAGCCGUUAAUUGACGACAUGGUAUCACUGAAAGUAGAAAAUAUCAGUUUUUUGACCACCCAAGACCUUAAUCGAGUAUUUCGGGUUUAUAGAGAAAUUGGGGAUAUCUAUAUUCCCCGUUGUAAGUAUUCGCGAGAAAGCCGAGGAUACGUGUUUGUCAGAUAUUAUGAUGAACGUGAUGCAUACGAUGCAAUACAUUAUCUUAACCAUACCAAAUUAGAUGGCAGAAUGAUAAGUGUUAAGAUGGCUCGCUAUCGAACGUUCGAUAUCCCCAACUGA